GGCGGGGGGAUGGUGGCCACAUCAGCACCCGCGGCCUAGCGCAUCUCCCGCUGGGACCCCCUGGCAACAUCGCUCCCCCUCCCACCCGGGGGACAAAGGGCGGGGGCGGGGGCGCAUCCCCACGCGUGACCUUCCCCCGCACUGCGCACGCGCCCCGCCCCCUCCACCACGGGGGAGGGGCCCUGUUCGCCCACACGAGUGCGGGGGAGGGGCGUGGGAAGGCGCUCGCGUGGGCCGGACCCCCACCCUAUGCCUGGAAGUUGGGGCACGGUCUCCUCCCCCCCGCACCUCUCGCCUCUUUUGGUCCGGAGGUGACCCGUGAUGAGGGUCCGACCCAUUCGGGCCAGGAUGUGUCCGCUCUGUCGACCCCGCGGGGAACCCACUCCUUCCCUCAGUAGCCCGGGGUCUGGGUCCCCAGCCCCCUCAUUCCCUGGGAGCCCUGGAGUUUGAAACCCCGGGUGUCCCCGCUCGGUCCUGAGGGUAUGGGUCCCCUCCUCCCUCAGACCCAGGAGUCCCAGCCUUCAGCACCCCCAUUUCCCCAGCCCUAAGGAGUUGGGCCCCACCUCCCGCGGGAUGUCCCUCCAUCUGUGGCUGCCGUUUCUGUCCAGUGCCCCUGAGGCGCUUAGCUGCCCGGGUCCGCCGGAGGUCGCGCCAUGAAUGACCGAAACAGCCGGAGGAGGACACUGAAGAAAGACGAUGAGGCCUUCGAGAUCUCCAUCCCCUUCGAUGAGACGCCCCACCUAGACCCACAGAUCUUUUACAGUCUGAGCCCCUCUCGGGGAAACUUCGAGGAGCCUCCGGAAGCCGCGUCCCCGACUGUGGCCCUGAUGAAUGGGGUCAGGGCCCAGCUGCAUAUGGCCCUGGAAAGGAACUCCUGGCUACAGAAACGCAUCGAGGACCUGGAGGAAGAGAGGGAUUUCUUGCGUUGUCAGCUGGACAAGUUUAUCUCAUCUGCCCGCAUGGAUGCAGAGGACCACUGCCGGGUGAAGCCUGGGCCCAGGCGGGCUGAAGGGGAUGGCCGGGGUGGGGCUGGGGGUGAGGCCUCAGACCCUGAGUCUGCGGCCUCCUCGCUCAGCGGAGCAUCUGAAGAAGGCAGUGCCGUGGAGAGGAAGAGGCAGAAGCAGAAGGGAAGUGCUGGCCGGAGGCGCUUCGGGAAGCCCAAGGCCCGGGAGAGGCAGCGGGUAAAGGAUGCAGACGGUGUCCUGUGCCGAUACAAGAAGAUCCUGGGCACCUUCCAGAAGCUGAAGAGCAUGUCUCGGGCCUUCGAGCACCACCGAGUAGAUCGCAACACGGUGGCGCUGACCACACCCAUCGCAGAGCUUCUCAUCGUAGCCCCCGAGAAGCUGGCUGAGGUGGGCGAGUUCGACCCCUCCAAGGAGCGCCUGCUCGAGUACUCGCGCCGCUGCUUCCUGGCCCUGGACGACGAAACCCUUAAGAAGGUGCAGGCCCUCAAGAAGAGCAAGCUGCUGCUUCCCAUCACCUACCGCUUCAAGCGGUGAUUCUGCCCCACCUGGCCCGGGACACGCCCUUCGGCCCCCACGUCCCUCCCUCCUCUGCCCCUCGUGGCAGUGGCAAGCGUGUGCAUGAGUGGUGUGCUCCUCCACAGGGCCUGGGGGGUGGGCGGCGUGUUUCUGCGUUCGCCUCCCCUCGUCCUGCAGAUCCCCACUCCUGCCCCGGGUCCCUUGUGUAUAGAUCUGACUCCCUCCUUGCCUCUCACGUUCCUAGCAUCCUCCCCUUCCUCUGCAUCCCCUGGGGAGGAGUUCCAGUUAGCCAGUCUCCCAAGAGCUACUGCCCAGGGGGUGGGUGUCUGCGCUUUCCUGAACGUGGGCACUCCUCCCCCGUGAGCUGCACCGUCCUGCCCUCACCGGGCCCUUCCUCGUGGGGGAGGGGGUGGGAGGACUCCGAGACUCUCUGCGGGGCCGGGCCCUGUACAUACCCCGUGUCAACCCUCAGCCCCGAGGAGAGGCUGGCCCACUCUGCCAGGAGCUCCCCAUCCGCAUCCCGGACUGCCCCGAGUCUACGUGAGAAAGAAUUAUUCAGAGAAUUUAAAUUAAAGAGAGAAGAUACAAUUUGGAAUAAA